AGUUGCGUGUUGUAACGAUAAAGUAUAGCGAUAUUCCGGCCGGCGUUCCGAUAUUAAACAUCGCAAGCUCGGCCACACUCAACACGGCACGUCAUAGUUUAAUUUGUUAUUUAUUUAUUUUUAUUUGCCAACAGUUAAGCGACACAACAAGAUGAGUGCAUUAUUUAAUUUCCAAAGCUUAUUGUCGGUCAUUCUGCUGCUGAUAUGCACCUGCGCCUAUUUGCGCUCGCUCUUUCCCAGCAUCAUUGAUCGCAACAAGACGGGAUUGCUGGGCACAUUUUGGAAGCUGGCGCGCAUUGGGGAACGCAAAUCGCCUUGGGUUGGUGCCGCCUGCCUGAUAAUGGCUUUUACUGUGCUCUUUUGGAGCUAAAAUAACUGCUGGAUUGAAUGGCAACAAAUAGUUUUAAGAGCAGUUUGUGUAAUUUUUGUUUUCCUACGUUUUCUAAGCAUUUCCACAAAUCAAAUUAUUUUGCAAGCUGCA